UAGUUGGGUUCAAUAUAUCAAAGAUGCUUUCAUUUUUUAUCCAGAUGUUUCUAUCAUUCUAUGCCGUAGUUGGGAUUUAUCUGGUGAGGGUGCUUUUGUUGCUAGUAAGGCUGUUUAGCAGUCAGCACUUGUAACCAACGGGCUAGUGGUCUAACGGUAUCAGUCUCUUGCUUCUCAAAGGGAGGUGGGGAGUUCAAGUUUGAAAAGAGAUAAGUGUGUGUGAGUACCAACUAAAAAAAAAAAAAAAAAAAGUUAGCACUUGUGCUACCAAUUCAGAAUGGACUUAUAAGUCAGCAGACGUUGCUUUCCAUGGGCAUAAGUAUCAAAACCAUUUGUGUUUUUUUUUUUUGUUUUUGUUUUUGUGUAGGGAGAGAAGAGAGCAUUUGUUUUUUUAACUGCUCUUUUACUAGUAGAUUAUAGUCUGUUAUUUAUGCGAAUGUAGCUCUUCAAUUACCCCCCUCUGAUUGGAGUAAUCUGAUGCAAUGGGCUACUCUGACUUGAAGAUUAAUCCUUUGUUUAAGUUAGAUGCUAGCUAUUACUGCUUAUGUUAUUUGGGUAGGUGGCUUUUUUUAUGUUUUUUUAUUGACACAGAUGGGGAAGAAAAGAGAAGGUUCCAAACAAUUUAUAUGGAACAAACAAAUGGAGAGGGUGUUAUUGGAAAUUCUUUUAAUAGGGUAGCAAAUGCAAUCAAAGAUAAAUUUGGAGUUGAAUGUUCAUCCAAUCACGUUGAACACCAUCUUAGAACCGUAAGAAAUGCAUGGUUGGCAAUAGAGCAACUUCGUGGAAAAUCAGGUUUUGGAUGGGAUGAGAAUAUGAAGAUGGUGGUUGCUAGUCCAAGCAGGAGUCGUACCUCUCGUGAUAUGGAUCAACUUGAAAGCAUUACAACAAAACUUGGAGCGGUCGCUACUGCAAUUAGUAGGUUGACUGAAGAUCGACUGGAUAUUAACAACUUAUAUGAUGAGCUGAGGAAGACUGAUGGUUUCAACCAUGUGUUUCUUGCCACAGCAUUUGAUUACUUGGUGGAGCAUGAAAGGCUUGCAAAGGCAUUUUUGGCUAAGAACAACAAACUUAGAAAGAUUUGGCUGGAAAAUUUUCAAAAGCAAUCACAUUAG